AUGUCUGAGACGAAGCCAGAGGAGUCAGCGACCGAGUCGCUGGAGAAAUCCUUCGAUGUGGGCAACGACGAGGAGGAAAUCUCGGCGAUGAAGCGACGCGUUGCCGAGAUGGAAGAGGAGGCCGCCCGACUCCGCGAGAUGCAGAAGGACACCGAGCAUCAGAGCCAGGAGCUUGCCGACAACAAGGAGGAUGUCGACUCGCGGAGCAUCUUUGUCGGCAACGUCGACUACUCCGCAUCUCCCGAGGAGAUCCAAGCACACUUCCAGAGCUGCGGCUCCAUCAACCGCGUGACCAUCCUGCUGGACAAGUUUACGGGACAGCCCAAGGGAUACGCCUACGUCGAGUUCUCAGAGCCCAGCCUCGUCGCCCAGGCGCUGGUCCUGAACGAGAGCGUCUUCAAGGGCCGCAACAUCAAGGUCGUGCCCAAGCGCACGAACAUUCCUGGGAUGAGCCGGGGCCGCGGACGAGGCGGUUUUGGCCGGGGUGGUGGACGGGGGGCUUUUGGUCGGGGCGGUUUUAUGCCCCGAGGCGGAUAUCGCGGCGGGUAUCGAGGCCGUGGGCGAGGCGGCUUCGCACCUUACUGA